AACAAGUCUCUCCUGAUUCUCGCGCCUCCUGACGCAUCAAGAAACCAUCCGCUAGCAGACUUCCGUUAUAACGCAGCGAAGCGCUCGCAAACCUCAAUUCAAGCUUCCCCAAGCAACUGCAACGCUCUCUCUCUCUUCCCUCUUCCUCCGUACUUCUCUGCAAAACCCUAGUUUCUGCUUUGUGGCCUCUCUUUUGCAACGCGCAAUGGCUCCUCGUGCCGACGAAAACGACGAAGAUGACCUCUCCUCCGGCGAAGACGAUGACGGUUUCAAGGAGGACAUGGAAGCCCUCGCACGAGCCUGCAUGAUCGCCGGCACUAACCCCGAUGGUAUUAAACCAUCUUCUACUGUCGCUCCCGACGAUGAUUAUAAUGCAGACGCGGUGGUUCCCAAAGCAUCGGACCCGCUGUUGGGCCCCGGCGAUGCUCUCGUCCCCGUGUCAGACUCUGACGACGAGCAGAGGGACCUUCAGUAUCUCAAAAGAGUGCAGGAGCUUUACCAGCCUUCGUCAUUCAAGCCAUUGAAAAUUCUUCCGGCGCUUUCUUUGUCUGAUGAUGAUGAAGAUGACAUGGAAACCCUCCGUGCCAUUAUGAGACGCUUUUCUGCUUAUGAAAGAGCAGGCCCUGAUGAAGAUAAUGUGGAUAAAAUGGCUGAGGGAGCUCAUACCUCAGGUCUAGGCUCUGAGGAGGAAUUUGAUAACAGCGUGGCAUCUAAGGGAUUAGAUCCCGGUGAAUCAUGCCCUGUUUCUCAGGAUGCUAUUAAGACCACCAGUUUAUUAACUACUGCUGAAGUUGAGAGACAUCCUUGUAACAUCAAUGAAAGGUGUGAACCCAAGGCUUGCAAGCCAUCCAAGUUACUGGACAAAAGAUCAAGAUUUCCUUUGUCUGCUCAGGUUUUUAUUGAUGCAAUCAAGAAGAAUAGAUCUUUCCAGAAGUUACUGCGAAGUAAGUUGAUUCAGAUGGAAGCAAAAAUUCAAGAAAACAAACAGUUAAGGGAAAGAGUUAAACUUCUUAAAGAUUUUCAGGUUUCAUGCAUAAGAAGAACAGGGCAAGCUAUAUCACUGAAAAAGGAUCCCCGCAUACUGUUAAUAUCAGCAAAAAAGUCUACUGCUUCAAGUACCACAAAGAUUAAUGAUAAAAAAAUAUCUCCAAUGUGUUAUGGCCCAGCUGAGAAUGCUCAUGUUGCUAAAUAUAGGAUGGUGUUGGAACGAUCUCCAUUCUCAUUGGAUCGGAAAAAGUGGUCUAGUGUGGAGAGGGAGAAUCUUGCUAAGGGAAUAAAGCAACAAUUUCAAGAAAUUUUGCUUCAAAUGUCAAUAAAUCAAGACAGUUCAGAGUGGUCGUGUGGAUAUGCAAAUAACUUUGAUAACAUGCUUGUAUCUAUUAAAGAUCUUGAGAUUACGCCAGAGAACAUCAGAAAGUUUCUGCCUGAAUUCAAUUGGGAUCAGUUGGCUUCCAAGUAUGUUACUGGUCGUACUGGUGCAGAAUGUGAAGCAAGGUGGUUAAAUUGUGAAGAUCCAUUGAUCAAUCAUAGUCCAUGGACAUGUGAGGAGGACAAGUUGCUUUUGCAUAUAAUCCAAGAGAUUGGCAAUAGGGACUGGUUUAAAAUUGCUGCAUUGCUGAACACAAAUAGGACCCCAUUUCAGUGCUUGGCACGAUACCAAAGGAGUUUAAAUCCUGCCAUGCUAAAUAGUGAAUGGACUGAGGAAGAAGAUGCUCAACUUUGUUAUGCUGUCUCAAUUUUUGGUGUCAGCAAUUGGCAGUCUGUUGCUUCUGUUUUAGAACGAAGGACGGGAACUCAAUGCUCUAAUAGAUGGAAGAAGUCACUCUGUCCUGAUAGGAAAGGGAGCUUUACUGCAGAAGAAGAUGAGCGCUUAACAGUGGCCGUCCAUCUCUUUGGACGGAAAUGGAAUCAGAUAGCUAAAUUUGUUCCUGGCCGGACCCAAGCUCAGUGCAGAGACAGAUACGUCAAUAGUUUGGAUCCCUCCUUGAAAUGGGGUGGAUGGACUAAGGAAGAAGAUUCAAGGUUGAAAAAAGCAAUUGCCAAACAUGGAUUCUUCUGGUCAAAGGUUGCUGCAGAUGUGCCUCCACGAACUGACAGUCAAUGCAGGAAGAGAUGGCGGGUUCUAUGUCCUGACCAAGUCCCUAUGCUUCAAGAAGCUAGAAAGAUGCAAAAAUCUGCUUUAAUCAGUAACUUUGUUGAUCGGGAGUCUGAACGGCCGUGCCUUUCUCUAAAUGAUUUUCUUCCCUUGGCAAUGAUAGAUCCACCACCUGAUCCAGAUGCUGUGAGCCUCCCUCAGAAGCGGAAGAGCAAGUCAAGCAAUGCUUCCAAGAAGAAGAGGCCCCAAAAACGUGCAAAAAAGGCUCAAAGUUGUCUCAAGAAGGCACAGGUUGACAAGGUUGAGCCUUGUAGUGGGCAUGGUGUCCACAAGCCAAAAAUUAUUGGAUCGCAUUUGGAGGACAAUUCUGUUGAAGCAGUGUAUGAUCAUUCCCCACUGGACUCGGUUGUGAUGACAACAAAUUACCAAGAGGAUUUAGGGACUACAGAUGGGCAAUCUGAGAAAAUCUCUUCCAUGAACCCAUCAAAACACCAAACUGGAAGAAACUCAAUGCUCUCUGCAAAUAUAUCUGAUGGUGCAGCUGUAGGUCGCAAGGUUGCCAGAAAUACUACUUCAAAGAAGGAAAGAAAGAAGACAGGGAAACGCAAUGGAAUGGUUAGUGUUGAAACGGCAGAGGACCACCUGGUUAAGUAUAAAAUGCCAAAACCUGGAAGCAUAUCUUCUAUGCAGAUUUUAGAAAGUCAGGAUGAAGACAAUAUAACUCUUGCUAGAUUUAUACGCAAUAUAUCAAACAAACAGUUUAAAAAUACCGAUCAAAUGACUCAGGCUGCUUCCUAUGCUAGUAGUUUCGUAAAAAAAUCACGGAGAUCUCGUCGGGCUGCCAAAAGAACUUGUGAUUACAUGCCUUUUAGUUUGAAGAAGGGACAUGAAUUGCUUUCUGAAGAAGUGCGCCACGGUCAUGACAGAAACCAAGAAAUGUCGUUCAUGCAAGACAAGAAUUUAGAUGAAGGUUGUAUUGAUGUUACACCAGGGACUCUAUUGGUCCACAAUCAUUCUUCCAAUUUGAAGAACAUGUCAAUCAUUGAAGCUGAUGACAAUGGGAAGGCAAUGUCAGAGCUAGUCUGCGAGCAGACUAUGUUUUUGGAUGGUGCUAUGGAACCCAAAAACAUUGGAGAGAAUGUGCCUACUGAUGUUACCCUUGCUUCUUUUCUGAAAAAGAAGAAAAUCAAGAAGGGCAAGGCAAUAUCAGAGCCAGUUGAUGAGCAAGCUAUAGAUUUGAAUUUUUUGACAGAAGCGGAAAACACGAGGGGUGGAGAGGAUGGGUCUCUCAACGUUACUCUUGCUUCCUUGCUGAAAAAGAAAGGAAGGAGAGAGGGUAGAACAACCAAACGGAGCAUUCGUCCCUCAUAAUGUAGCUAUAAGAUAAAAUGGUCGAUUUGAUGCUGGCUGGCUGUGAUUGGUUUGUGCCGAGGUCAUGUUUUGGUCGAAGACUGCCCCGUUGUAUUUUUUUUUUUUUUUUGGGGGGGGUUGGAAAACAAAGAGGGUUGGAAGUAGCUGUACUUGAAAAGUAGUGAGAAGUUGCAAGCCUGGGCUGAUGAGGCAUGAUUCUUUGUGAUUUCAACAUAUUGGCAAUUGCCAUUAGUUCUCUUUGCUGACAGUUUUGCUGAGCCAAGGCCUGUGUAGCAUGGAGACAGUUUUCGGCCUGGCACAAUGAAGGUUUCAUUGUCGGAUGUACUUAAUGCCAUAGAAUAUAUAUAUAUAUAUAUAUAGUGAAAUUUUAUGACAAUUUUUAUGUCUAUAAAACUUUUCUUGAGCGGUAUCCAAAUAAAUCAUGUGAU